CGGGGCGGCAGAAAGAUAAAGGGGAAUGGGCUUGACAGACAGAAAGAAAGCGAUCCGGACCAUGUCGAUCUGAUAUUCCUCAUAUAUCACCGAGAAAUCUGUGAGCGUGGCCUGAGUCCGAGGGGGUCCGAGUCCAGCGAGUGUGUGCAGCUAUGGGGAAAGACUACUACAAGACCUUGGGCAUUCACAAGGGUUCCAAUGAAGAGGAAAUUAAAAAGGCCUACCGGCGCAUGGCGCUCAGAUUCCACCCAGACAAGAACAAGGACGCCAACGCAGAGGAGAAGUUCAAGGAGAUUGCCGAGGCCUACGAAGUCCUCAGUGACCCCAAAAAGAGAGUUGUCUACGACCAGCUGGGGGAGGAAGGUCUAAAGACAGGAGGCAGCAGUUCCUCGGGCGCACCAGGCAGCUCAACAUAUCACUACACUUUCCAUGGAGAUCCCCACGCCACCUUCGCCUCGUUCUUUGGGGGCUCCAACCCCUUCGACAUGUUCUUCGGCUCCAGCCGCAACCAUGGCGGCCGCUCCAACGGUUUCUCCUUCCACGGCGACCACAGCAAUGACGGGGAGCAGGAGGUUGAUAUGGAGGAGGAUGACCCCUUUGCACAUUUCGGGCGUCAAUUCGGCUUCCCAGGGGGAAUGAACAACGGCUUCCCGGGGGAGGGCCGGAGGAGAAGGGGGACGCAUUCAGAGCGACUGGGUGCCAGCCGUAAGCAGCAGGACCCGCCGGUAGUCCACGAGCUGAAGGUCUCGCUGGAGGAGAUAUUCCACGGCUGCACCAAGCGCAUGAAGAUCACCCGUCGCAGGCUCAACCCAGAUGGGAGGAGCAUGAGGACAGAGGACAAGAUCCUCAACAUAGUCAUUAAGAAAGGCUGGAAGGAGGGGACCAAGAUCACCUUCCCAAAAGAGGGGGACGAGACCCCCGAGAACAUUCCUGCCGACAUUGCAUUUGUGCUUAAAGACAAAGGACACGCCCACUUCAGGAGAGACGGUUCAAAUAUAAUUCAUAACUGCAAGAUCAGUCUGAAAGAGGUGGGUGCUCAUCUCACCUGCCCCUACAUCUAUCUAUCUAUCUAUCUAUCUAUCUAUCUAUCUAUCUAUCUAUCUAUCUAUCUAUCUAUCUAUCUAUCUAUCUAUCUAUCUAUCUAUCUAUCUAUCUGCCUGACUAUCAAUUUUUCUGUCUGUUUUUCCACCUAUUUCUUUUUCUUUCUUUCUUUCUUUCUUUCUUUCUUUCUUUCUUUCUUUCUUUCUUUCUUUCACCCUUUGAUAAAAUGCACCCAGGAAGCUGUGAUUUCCUCUGAGUGUCAACCACAUGACAUAUGUUAUCCGUUUUUCUUUUUCAUUCAUUUUCGUCGGUGUAGCAAAAUGUGUGCUGUGUAAAAAUGUUACA